AUGACUUCGACAGCCUUCCGAGACUCGCUGAACUCCUUAGGCUGGUCGAGAAGAGACCCUGAUGUGCCGGCCAACACGUCCUCCACCCCCAUCCUGUCGAGGCUGUCAUCGCUCAACCCAUUUGGAGACCGAGGCUAUGUGCAACUACCCACCCACGAGGCUCCAGGUGCACCGCUGCCUGCGCCGACGAGGAGAGAGGAGGAAGAGGGCUGGUUUGCCUUAAGCCGAUGGGACCGCCUGCUCAUAUUCGGGGGAUGCAAUCUUGCCGCUUUGGCAUGCUUUGUUAUUUGCUUUGCACUAUUUCCAGUUCUUUCGCUCAAGCCGCGCAAGUUUGCGAUUCUGUGGUCGGUGGGCUCCCUGCUGUUUCUCGCAUCAUGGGCCUUCCUAAUGGGCCCCUACCAAUACGGUGUCCACCUUAUGUCGGGACCUCGAUUGCCUUUCACUGCAGCUUACUUCGGAUCCAUCGUCAUGACGAUCUACUUCGCCGUUGGGCUUCACUCCACCAUCCUGACUCUGUUUUCGUCCAUCAUCCAACUUGUGGCGCUGGUCUGGUAUCUGGUCAGCUAUUUCCCGAUGGGGAGCACGGGCUUGCGCUUCGCGGCCAGAGUUGGCGGGGGGAGGGUUGCGGCUUGGAUGAAUGACUGA